AUGGGUGUUCUGUUGAGAGAAGUCUUGAGGCUGCUCUGCGGCGUCAAUCACUGGUCUUAUGCUGUGUUUUGGAAGAUUGGCUACCAGAAUCCUAAGUUGUUAAUAUGGGAAGAUUCGUACCAUGACUCUGUAUCGUCAUCUUCCAACAAGCCUGUCUCUUCCUUUGGAGAAUGGGAAGGUUUUUGUGGUACUGAUGCUCAAUCCUCAAUGCUUGGGCUUCAAACUGGUGGUAAUGGUGUGCAUUUUCUUGUAAACAAGAUGAUGAUGGAUAAUCAGGUUAUCAUAGUGGGAGAAGGAAUUGUGGGUCGAGCUGCAUUUACGGGCAACCAUGAUUGGAUUCUUGCCAACAAUUACACAGGACACUCUCACCCUCCGGAGGUUGUUAAUGAGAUACGCCACCAGUUUUCUGCUGGAAUGCAGACUAUAGCAGUUAUUCCUAUUUGUCCUCAUGGCGUGGUGCAGCUUGGUUCCUCAUUAUCUAUUUCAGAAAACUCGGGAUUUGUGAAUAGUGUUAAGAGUUUGAUCCUGCGACUAGGAUGCGUACCUGGAGCACUUCUGUCUGAUAACCAUGAAGAAAAGGACUUGACUGGAAGAAUUGAGACACCUAUUCCUUUCGGACAGCCUAUUUCCCCACAUUUGUCGAAGGUCCCAACUCCCACUUCUUUGCCGAGUGAAACUUUGAAAAUGCAAAGUUUCUCGUCAUCGCAAUCUUCAAAAGUUCCCUCUCAUCCCCAACUUGGACAAUUCCAGGAUAAUCUAAAGUAUCCUGCUGCUUCCAUAAUUUGUGGUCCAAAUCUAACUGAUGGAGUAGCUCAAGUGAUUCCCCCAACUCCUGAACCGUUGUUAAACCACCACCGUGCAGCAAAUUUCAGUUCCAUGACUGGAUUUCAUCAUCCUACCACUGGUCGUUCUGAUACCAACAACCCUGUGUUACCAUUACCGGCAAGGCAGAUAGUGCUAGAAUCUGGUGGCCCAUCUCAUUUUGGCAAUACCAAGAAUCCAUCUGACAGCUUUUCUUUGAUGAGAAGAAAGGGGAAUGGAAAUCUUAAUUCUAGUGGAGUACCUGGGAAGGUACACACUUCAACUCCUUGUUUGUCCAUCGAUUCAUCAAAUGUGGGGAGACUUGCUUCAACAACACUGGUGGAUCAACUAAGUAAUGGUGACAGUGGUAUGCUUGGAGAUGAUUCUGAUUGCAGAUUCAACCCUGCCACGAAUUUUAAUCAUGGUGGCAUUACAUCACAAGCAACAAUGCAGAAGAAGAUGGAUAGUGAUCUGUUUCAAGCUUUGAACCUGCAGUCAAUCCAACUAACUGGGCAUCAAAGUGGAAGUCAAAGUACAAUUACAGUGAACAAUGAGUUCACCAAUCUAUGUGCUGCUCAGCGUUCGUCUGGAGAUGACUUGUACGAUAUCUUGGGGGUGGAUUUCCGGAAUAAGCUAUUGGGUGGCGAGUGGAACAAUGUGAUCACAGAUGUGCCUCAUCAAAAGUCUGAAACUUUGGUUGAAGAUAAGAGAAGUUCUGAUUUCUACAGCACUACCUUACCUGCAAGGGGUAAUAGUGAUCAUCUUUUGGAAGCUGUGGUAUCUAGGGCUCACUCUAGUGCAAAGCAGAACUCUGGUGAUAGCAAUUCCAGUAGAACGACCGUGACAAAGGCAAGCAGUCCUUCUGUUCCUAGUGGGCCUCGUAUGUAUGGCCCGGUUAGUGUGCCUGAUUCGGUGAAAACGGAGACUUUUGACAUUCCUGGAAGAGGCAGAACAUCAAUGGAUGACAUGGUAAGUUGUUCUCAGACGACUUCAGUUUAUGGAUCUCAGCUGAGUUCACUUGGUAGCCAUAGUGGGAGGCGGGACAAUAGUGUAUCAACAACUGGAUUUUCGAAGAAGAAUGAGGAAUCAAGCAACAAAACUAACCGUAAGCGGCUGAAGCCUGGAGAAAAUCCUAGGCCUAGGCCCAAAGAUCGCCAAAUGAUUCAAGAUCGCGUGAAGGAGUUGCGGGACAUUGUACCAAAUGGAGCCAAGUGUAGCAUUGAUGCUCUUCUUGAACGUACCAUUAAGCAUAUGCUUUUCCUGCAAAGUGUGACUAAACAUGCCGACAAGCUCAAGCAAACUGCGGAGUCAAAGUUUAUUAGAAAAGAUGGCGGAAUACACUUAAAGGAUAAUUUUGAGGGAGGGGCAACAUGGGCAUUUGAAGUUGGGUCACAGUCUAUGGUGUGUCCUAUUGUCGUCGAGGAUUUGAAUCCGCCUCGUCAGAUGCUUAUCGAGAUGCUUUGUGAAGAACGAGGUUUCUUUCUGGAAAUAGCUGAAAUGAUUAGAGGAAUGGGGUUGACAAUUUUGAAAGGCAUCAUGGAGGCUCGCAAUGAUAAGAUAUGGGCUCACUUUGUGGUGGAGGCAAACAGGGAUGUAACGAGGGUGGAAAUCUUCAUGUCACUAGUUCAUCAUCUGCAGCAAACCAUAAAGCUAAGCAGCACACCAUCAGCAAAUGCCGUGGAGAGCAGCAGCGAUAUAAUGGCGCAGCAGCACGGGUUCGCCCAGGCUGCUGCUUCCAUCCCUGCAACCGGUGGGCUCAUUAAUUUACAGUGAAGAAACUGGGAAAUUGUUAAGAGCAAGCGUUGGUCUUCGCUUGCCGUGACUAGCAGGACUUCCGGUCUAAAUCUCUCUCGGCGGCUCGUACAUUUUGCUUGCUAACCUUCAUUGCAGAUGCCAAUCGCGCGAUCAAAACUGCUGCGGCUGAUUGAUGACUCGAUCCUAUUAGCGGAGGACGAUGUUUUGGGACAAUGUAGGCUUGAAAGGAUGUAGAAUUUUGGUUUACAUUGAUUGAUUUUCAUGGUUAAUCCUUUUGUAAGCUGGUUUUGUUGGCAAGUGUGAGAUAUGUAUAUGAGGGGAACAUAGGGUGGUGGUGGCUGGUGGGCGGUUUAAUGAAAGGCGAGUCUUGUUUGGCAGGGACUUUUGCCCUCUUUCAGUUCUGUUGUUUUUUCUUGUAAGUUCUUUGUUAGGGACUAGAUAUGGCCUUUCUGCAGGUUGACAGUAAUGACUAAACACUUGCCACGAGUGAUCGAGCAAGGUGAUAAGUGACUUGUUACAGAGCUGUCGAUCAAACACUCGUAUCGAAAUCACGCAAGGUGAUAAGAGCUUGCCUCAUGAGUCAAGAUUACA